AUGAAUGACAAGGAGCGUCCAGAGAAUCGGAAAGGUGUCUUAUCAUCUAUUGCAACUGUGUAUGACCCGCUCGGAUUCGCCAGCCCCCUACUCUUACCUGGAAGAGAAAUGAAUCAGGAAUUGUGCAAACUAAAGUUGGAUUGGAAUGAGAAGCUCCCAAGAGAAUUGUGUGAACGUUGGAAGAGUUGGAGAGAAGGGCUUCUGAGCUUGCAAGGAUUCAGUAUUCCUCGAUGUUUUAAGCCAAAGGACUUCGGUGAAGUGAAACAUGUAGAGCUUCAUCAUUUCGCCGACGCAUCCCAACAGCAUGGUUAUGGGACAGCCUCUUAUUUACGUCUUGUUAACAGUCGAGGGCAAAUUCAUUGCUGUUUCGUAAUGGGGAAGUCUCGCGUGAAACCCUUGAAAAGUGCUGUAACAGUACCAAAGCUGGAGUUGACAGCGGCUACUCUAGCAACGAAAGUCAACAAGGUCAUAACGAGAGAGUUAGAAGGAAGACUGAAGAUUAACAGUGUGACUUACUGGACUGACUCUAUGAUAGUUCUCAAGUACAUCGCCAAUGAAGUACGAAGAUUUGUAACCUUCGUCGCAAACCGGUAG